ACACACUACAGUAUGUGGUGGCAUUAAGACUGAGCUCACCCCAUCUUUGGCCUAGUUCUGCCCCAGCUUAUGCCUGCCUGCAACCCCGGCACUGCAGAACCAUGCGGUGCUCCACCCUGCUGGCCAUCAUGACGGUGGUGCUGCUGUACCUGGUGAUGGGCGCGCUGGUGUUCCGCACGUUCGAGAUGCCCAAGGAGAUGCUCCGGCACGAGCUGCUCCUCCGCCAACGCGACGACUUCCUUCUCAACCACACCUGCGUCGAUCCGGCAGCCCUGGAUGACAUGAUGCAGGCAGUAGUGAUCGCCACUAAAGAUGGUAUAUUACGCCCCGACAGCACUUCCCUCAACUUCACCAGCCGCUGGGAUGUGCCCAGCGCCUUCUUCUUUUGUGGGACCAUCAUCACAACCAUAGGUUUUGGGAACCUGUCACCCAUUACUGAAACUGGCCAGCUCUUCUGUAUAGUCUAUGCCCUGGUGGGGAUCCCCAUGUUUGGCAUCCUGCUGGCAGGGGUGGGAGACCACAUGGGCACCAUGCUCAGGCGGGCCGUGGGCAAGAUGGAGACCCUGUUUCUGAGGAAAGCUGUGAGCCCCACCAAUGUGCGUGUCUACUCUGCAGUGUUGUCCAUUUUGAUUGGCUGUGUGAUAUUCCUCGGCGUGCCUACGCUGGUCUUUAAGCACGUGGAGGAUUGGGGCUGGCUGGAAGCAGGCUACUUUGUGGUCAUCACUCUCACCACUGUGGGCUUUGGGGAUUAUGUUGCAGAUGACUCCAGGCAUGGCAAUUUCAUGUAUAAGCCUCUAGUCUGGCUCUGGAUUGUGUUUGGCCUGGCCUACUUUGCCUCCAUCCUGAACAUGAUAGGAAACUGGCUGAGAGUGCUCUCCAAAAAGACCCGUGCUGAGAUGGAAGAGCUGAGAGCCUAUGCCACAGACUUUACCCAGAACAUCCAAAACAUGUCUGUGGACUUCCGCAUUCCUGUCCCUUUGGACCUUAAUGACCCAUUCCAGUUCAGGCGGAGUAGGAAGAAGAAAAGGCGGCGCCGAAGUGGCCCAAAAGUGAACUACAUCGUCCCCGGCAUCGGGAGUCCCCUGGAGCCGGAGGGCAUCCGCAUUAACGGACACCUGUUCGACAACUGGUCCGAGGCCAAGAACGUCCUGGAGAAGAUCCUGGAGAUCAAGGCCAGCUCCGUGUCGAGACUGGAGCUCCCACUGCCGUCAUCCAGGGCCGGGUCCCGAGCGGGGUCGAGGCCAGGGUCACGGGCGCCCUCCAGACCGGUCUCCAGGUCCGAGUUAAGAUCCUUGUCUGGGCCUGAAUCUAGGCCUGCGUCAGCGUCCGGGUCCAGUUCCUGGUCCGAGUCCAAAUCCGAGCUCUCGGAGUCGGCAUCCGAGAGCGACUCCCACAACUCUCAGAGCGAUUCCCUGAGCGACUCCCGUCCCAACUUGCCGAACGCCAGACCUGUGUCGAAAUGCACCGGGGGGCUGGAGGCGACCUCGCCGGGCGAGGAGGCGCCGUUGCCCACGGUGAUGGUGGAGGCCAGCACUCCGCCGCGGCCCUCCCUUUUGGAUUUUUUCGGCGAGAACCUGGCCUACAUCGAUGAGUCCUCGGACACCCUGAGCGACUUCGGACAGCCAGGGACCAAGCGUGCCUGCAGGCCCAAGAAGAGGAGCAUGAGGAGGCAACUCCCACAGCGCCACCUGAUGGUGGUGGAGAGGGGCAAAGGUGGCGACAUCAGACCUCCAUCCAACCCCCCCACACCUCCACCCUGCAUACCGCCCUAGGACUAAGGAGAGAGGGACACAGCUCUGUCCAUGGACAAUGAACUGGUUUUACCUGAUGGGCCUUUAGUAGCCCUACUGCCUUACUGCUGUCCAACUGCUAGAGUAUAAUGCAGAUCAGCAGAGUAUAUAGUAUUCCAGGCUGCAACUAAAGAUUAUUUUGAUAGUCGAAUAAUCUGUUGAUUAAUAGCUGAGUGGUUAUUUAAUGUAAAAUGUCAAUGAGUGUGUCCCAAACCCCAAGAAUACAUCCUCAAAUGCCUUGUUUACUCCCCACACUAAAUAUAUUUAGUUUACUGUCAUGCAAGAGUAAGUAAAGCAGAAGAUAUUUCAGUUGAGGAGGUAAAAUCAGAGAAUUUUGAGGAAGUUUCCUUAAAAACGACUCAAACUGAUCAUUGUUGCAGCCCUAAUAGCACUCAAUCCCUUAAAAAGUUCUCUCACACUUUGAUAAAUACAUUUACUCACUCAGCAUAUACUACUUUGGAUAAUAAUACCUUCCAGAAGAAUUAAUUGUUGGCUCUUGCAAAUAGGAGGACUGCACAGAAAAUCUGUUCUAAAUGAAAUGCAGGCUUGGUCUAGAAUUAGACAGAGUCCUUGACCAAGAAACCCAUUUCAAAUGGAGCUUCCUCUCUGCUGAUGUGAAUUUACAGUUGAAGUCUAUAGUUCAUAGAGAGAAACAUUUGGAGAUAAUAGGCUGUGAGCCCAUAGCCCUUGCUUUAAAGCCUUGUUUACAUUUCAGCCUUGCAUAAACUGUAUGCAAAUCAUAUAUUAUUAUAUUGUGUGAAGACAGGAUGAUUAUGUGCUGAUGCUAUAGCAUUUAUAACUUAAAAAAAGACAAUCAAUCAAACAAUCCAAUAACUAUAAUAUAGGCUUUCCUUGUUUGAACUGAUUAUAGUUUAUAUAACACCAUGACAGAGGUAAGUGUUAACUUACUCCAGGUGUAACGACUCAAAUUCCCUCACUGGCUCAUUUGUACGCCUUUGCCCUCUUGUGGGCCUCUCCAGAACUUCAUGGACAGUUCCUACCAACUUGCUGGGUGUGCUAGUUUGUAGAAAACAUAUCUGUAUCACUUUUGAGUGUAGUGCUAAGAAGGGCUCAAAUAACAAACAUAAAUUUGAAAAGACAACAACUAAAUGUUGGCUAAAUGCUUGUACAUCCAAACUGUAUUCCUGUUCAACAGCAUGACUGCUCUUGAACUUACAUUGGUGAUGUAUCGACUGGUAUUAGUGAUACUGUGCCAUAGGAAUUUAUUUGCUGCGUUCAAGUGUAAAUUUCUGUUUAUAAGCAUCUUGCCAAAAUAUAAACUUAUGAAAAGA